AUGGAGCAAGAUGAACACCAUCCGCAGAAUGCAAUUAAUAACCAUAGUAUUGUAUUUGCUGAAAACAUUGGACAGCAACGGGAAAUGGCUCGUCGGCGUUUAGAACAUGACCGUCGCUUUGAUGAAAUUAUGCAAGGUAUUACUGACGAUCAACAACCACCCAAUAAUGAUAUACUUAUUCACAAAAGCCAGCUGACACGACAACAGCGAUACAGACUGGGAGGAGCUGAGUAUCGAGCCAUUGACUUUUUGACUCAUCUUGUGCCUCUAUUUUACUUUGGAAAUGUCAUUUUAUUUUCCUUCUUGACUCGAAUUUAUAUUGCUUGUUCGAACUAUGCUCAAGGGGUCCUUCGUACCUCUAAUAACAAGCCAAUCAAUCCUUGGCUUUUUUCAUUUUUUUCCUCUAUGUCGUCGUUUAAUAAUCUGGGCCUAAUUCCAUUAGACGCCAGCAUGGUUCCGUUUCAAUCUGCACCAUGUAUGUUGAUUUUAUCAAUGUUGUUGAUAUUAAUGGGAAAUACAGCAUAUGCUAUCUGUUUGAGAUUCAUUAUUUGGGUACUUUAUAAAAUGACACCAAAGUCAUAUGUGAUACGUCGGGAAACUUUCAGGUAUUUGUUAGAUCAUCCACGUCGUUGUUAUACCACUCUUUUUCCCGCCACACAGACAAGAUGGCUCUUGAUUGUGUUGAUAGGUAUCACGAUGGUUGAGUUUAUGGCAUUUGUAGUCUUAAAUUAUUGGUUACCUGUAUUGAAAGGAAUUGAUUGGGGCUCACGGGUUUUAGAUGGUCUAUUUCAAUCAGUAGCGACAAGAAAUGCUGGUUAUGCAGUGGUUGAUUUAAUGAAAUUAAAUCCAGGCACACAAAUUAUAUUUAUUGUAGCAAUGUAUAUUAGUGUUUAUCCAGUUGCUAUCUCCAUGCGAAAUAGUAACGUGUAUCAGGAAAGAGCUUUAGGUAUUUAUAGUAAUCAGGAUGAAAAUAUGGAAUAUUUAGAAAUGUCGUCCUCCUCAGCACAUCGUCAACUUAAACGACACAGUACUAUGUCAAGCAUAGCUACAACCUCACGAAAGAUAUUACGAAAACCUAAUUUCUUUGUGAUGACACAGAUUCAACAUCAAUUAACAAGUGAGAUCUGUUGGGUUAUUGCCUCUAUUUUUGCUAUUUGUGUGAUUGAAUCAGAAGCGAUUCUUUCAGUUUCGCCCAUCACAAUGUCUUCAAUUAUUUAUGAAUGUGUCUCUGCCUUUGGUAAUGUAGGGGCUUCACUAGGCUAUCCAAAUACAUCAACUUCACAAUCACAACAAUAUCAUACUUUGAGUCUUCCUGCUUCUAUUGACAGAGCUGUUUUGCUUCCUUCAGAACAAUUAGAACAAAAAGAAAAAGAAGACCAUAUGAUUCGCAGAAAGAAUGCAUCGAUAGAUGGUUAUGAAUGCUCCAUUUUCUAUGAUAAUAGUGUUUGA